GGUUUGAAGAUGCGUCGGCAGAGUCGGAGGGAACAAGAGUUGGAACCUUUGACGUCGCUGCGAGGGAAUGUGUCCAGGCGGAAACUUUCACAGAUGAAUGAGGAGCAGCAGCUGGCUCUGGCUUUUAUGAUGAGUGCAAGAGAUGCUGAUGCGAAAUAUACUGAAGCUCAGAGUGAUGGAGAGCUGCUGAAGAAAGCACCUAAGGAGAGUGUGCAGACACACAGCCCAGAGAAGAGCUGGGUUGGUGAUGAGUUGACACAGACUGUGACUGGCAGUAACCUCGGAGAUUGUGUGACAGCAGUGUGCAGUAAACAUACCCCUGGUGAUGCCUUGCCUUCUGACGGGGUAGAGUCCCAAUCCACCCAUGGAUUGACUGAGUUGGAUAGGAGUGACCACGUCCUCAGCCCGUUGGUGAUUUUGGAGAAGUUGAGUGAAGAGGUUGUCCGAUGUUCGCAGGAGUCCAGCAUUGUCCUUUCUUCAGAGAAAGAAUUGUCUCUUAGUUCGAGGUCCCCUGUGAGGAACCUCAGACCUUGGAAUAAUUGUUAUCCUUCGCUAAAUAUCUCCCCGUGUCGGUGUGUGGACAACUCCAGAGGCUCCAAGGAGCAGUCUCCCAAUCAGGCAGAGAAGGACUGGCAAGUGAUACCAAGUCAACGCAGCGUGCAGAAGAGCGAGCUGAGCACAAAGUCAGCAUCAGACCAAGAAAGAGUAGCACAGCAUUUCAGCAGUGCUGAGACUAAACUGUUGGAGGUGCGGGAGGAGGUAGAUUGCAGAGGAUCCCAUCAGUUUGAAGUGGAGAACAUUCGACUCGCAUUGUCUGCAGUGAAUGACUGGAGGAGGAGGGAGCUGAUUGCCUCUGAACAGGGUGAAGGCUCAGCACCCUCCAAGUCCAAUUCCCUUGGGGGACACAUGACAGAUGGUGGCGGGCUGGUUAAUUAUUUUUGGGGCAUUCCGUUUUGCCCCAGCGGUUUGGACCCAGAUCAGUACACAAGGGUUAUCCUUUGCCAGCUAGAGACGUAUGAGAAAUGUCUGAAACAAGCACAAAGCCAGCUCCUGCGGAAAUUAGAAUUCGGGUCACCAGUAUUGCCAGCACCAGUUCCCAGGGAGGCUCAGCGGGCAAGGCGGGGACAGCAAGCACCAGAACAGUCCAUCACCAUGUCUAACCAAGACCAAGAGUCUGACAGAGAGAAUGAGCAGCAAGUGGAGAGACAGGAGGAGCAUAGUCCUCCAGAACGUUCAUCAGAUGGUGAGGAAUCGACUGAAGAGGCACAGAUAGGCAGUGACGAGGUGGAGAGAUGCUCAGAGGAAGGAAACAGUCAGGAAAAGUCUUCGGAUUUGUUUGUUGAAGAAUCUCCAGAGGAGGACGAAAAUGGCAAAAGUUGCCCCAGUGACCGAGUGGAGUCUGAAGACAGCAGAGGUAUCGGUUCCAGUGUGGGUGGUGUUCAGCCUGAGGAUGAUGUGUUGUUUGUUUGUGCAGAGACACAGCAGAGCUUCUCUGAAGAUGUGCAAUUCAAGAGCAAAAAUCCACAACGAUCCAAUACAGUCACAGCCCAGGAGCCUGCAGAUGUGGUGCUGAUAGAAGAUGACUCUGAAGAACUUCAUCCUGUUAUUUCUAAGAAAGCCUGUGUUGAGUGCCCACUUUGUGGGCAGCGCUUCUCCUUGGAAAAGAUCGAGGUGCAUGCAGCCGAUUGUAACGGUACCAGUGACAGAGAUGGACAGUGGCAAGUGCGGACUCGCAGCAAACCACGCAGAGCUGGCAAACAGAAUGGCACAGAUGGAUCUAACCCCUCUAUAUUCAACCAAUGAGACUGUGGAUUGGGAUUGCAACGGCUGCAGUUUGAGAGACUGUCCAUGGGACAGGAUGAGGGAUACAUACAAUGUUGCAGUACUGGAACAGAGUAUGGCAUAAAAGGCAGAAUGGUGCCAGAAAAGAGUCCUGGACCAAGGGAGCUGCUUGACAACAGCAUUCUAAUUGGCUCCUGACCAGGUCUUGUGUGAAAGCAGUACAGCUGAAUAGCUCCUAGCCUGAAAAGAACAAGACCUAAAAGCUCCUGUGUGCGGAAGAUUACAGUAAUUCCACAAUAAUAGCUAGCUGGCUUUUUGUUCUCCUCAUAUCUCUAUAACCUGCUCUCUCUCUCUCAAAAACCCCUGUCAAGAGGCAAAGGGGAAAACUACUGUUAGUGACGUUAAAAAGCAAGUUCUCAACCAGUGAACUAAAUACUGAAAGUGCUGAAAGGCCACCUCGUAUCAUCAACAAGAACUGAAAUGAAUUCGGAAGACAUCGAUCAAAAUCAAGCUAUCUAAUGCUGUGCUCCCAAAUUGGUGCUAUUGAACUGUUUUAUCCCACCCUUAAGACACACAAAAACAAGGAUUUUUACAUGCUUCAUAUGUGUUUGUAUAGGGAUUUAAGAAGGGGGUAGAGUUUAGGUUAUUUCUUUUGCCACUGAUUAACGAGAAUUUGUUCAAUAAACAAUUGUUUACAUAUUAAGUUUA